AUGUCGAACUCCAAAAAACUCGUACAUUACAACGACCCUGGUGUCGAGCCUCCAAUACCCAAUGAAGAGGAACUCAUCAAUGAUAUCAUAUCUCUCAUACAUCGCGUCCAAUCGCACAACUUCUCCAUGCACAGACUUGGAUUCCGGGGAACGCACGUCAAAACCCAGGGCGUGGUCAAGGGGAAGCUCACAAUCCUCCCCGAUCUUCCAGACGAACUCGCCCAACGACUAUACGCCAAUGAGCCGAGUUUCCUGCAGGACGACCGGGCGCCAGGGCCCCGAGGCUGUGGACUGAAGAUCUUCGGAGUCACAGGAGACUUUCUCGAUCCUAUGGGCGAGAAGACCCAUACGCAAGACAUGACCUUCAACAACGCGCCAAUCCUGGAGUUAACGGACCUACCUACUACUGUUAAAAUAUUCCAGAUCCGAGAGAGGAACUUCAGGACACCAGAGAAGAUUCCCGAAGAAGUCAAGAAGCGAGAUGAUGCUGAACUGCAGAUGGCCCCGACGCAACUGCCAAAUCACCACUUCUUGGGUUACACCAUGUACUCCCAAAGCGCUUAUCGAUGGGGUCCGUAUGUCGCGAAGUAUGCAUUGUUUCCGACGGGGAAAUUGCAGGAAGAACUCUCGAAAAGAAAUCAAUUAAGCGACCAGUCCGAUCCAGAGCAGCAUUCAACGUGGUUGAGAGAGUAUUUCCAACGGUAUGAUGCGACUUAUGACCUGCGGGUCCAGCUCUGCGAAGACCUGAAGGAGCAAAAUGUGGAGAAGUGCUCGGAGGAAUGGGACGAAGAGAAAUUUCCAUUCAAGACUGUUGCAAAGCUGGUAUUCCCGCGCGGCCAGGACAGCUUCCAUAGCGCCAGGCGGACUUUUUGGGAGGACAAGAUGAAAUUGAAUGUCUGGUAUGGUCGCAGGGACCAUCAGCCCCUGGGGAGCGCGAACAGGCUUCGGAAGCGGCUGUACCAGGAGAGCCAGAAGUCCAGGAGUGAGCUGAAUAACUCGGAGACAGUGUACGUCGACUCCAUCGACCAGAUUCCGUGA